AUGGUAGCCAGGAAGGGACAAACUUCCUGCCGCUACACCAGUCUCACUCCCAUCACCCGCACUAACCAUCUCACUCCCAUCACCCGCACUAACCAUCUCACUCCCAUCACCCGCACUAACCAUCUCACUCCCAUCACCCGCACUAACCAUCUCACUCCCAUCACCCGCACUAACCAUCUCACUCAUAUCAUCCGCACUAACCAUCUCACUCCCAUCACCCGCACUAACCAUCUCACUCCCAUCACCCGCACUAACCAUCUCACUCCCAUCACCCGCACUAACCAUCUCACUCCCAUCACCCGCACUAACCAUCUCACUCAUAUCACCCGCACUAACCAUCUGACUCCCAUCACCCACACUAACCAUCUCACUCCCAUCACCCGCACUAACCAUCUGACUCCCAUCACCCGCACUAACCAUCUCACUCCCAUCACCCGCACUAACCAUCUCACUCCCAUCACCCGCACUAACCAUCUGACUCCCAACACCCGCACUAACCAUCCCACUCCCAUCACCCACACUAACCAUCUCACUCCCAUCACCCGCACUAACCAUCUGACUCCCAUCACCCGCACUAACCAUCUCACUCCCAUCACCCGCACUAACCUCCUCACUCCCAUCACCCGCACUAACCAUCUCACUCCCAUCACCCACACUAACCAUCUGACUCCCAUCACCCGCACUAACCAUCUCACUCCCAUCACCCGCACUAACCUCCUCACUCCCAUCACCCACACUAACCAUCUCACUCCCAUCACCCGCACUAACCAUCUCACUCCCAUCACCCGCACUAACCAUCUCACUCCCAUCACCCACACUAACCAUCUCACUCCCAUCACCCGCACUAACCUCCUCACUCCCAUCACCCGCACUAACCUCCUCACUCCCAUCACCCGCACUAACCAUCUCACUCCCAUCACCCGCACUAACCAUCUCCCUCCCAUCACCCGCACUAACCAUCUCACUCCCAUCACCCGCACUAACCAUCUCACUCCCAUCACCCGCACUAACCAUCUCACUCCCAUCACCCGCACUAACCAUCUCACUCCCAUCACCCGCACUAACCAUCUCACUCCCAUCACCCGCACUAACCAUCUCACUCCCAUCACCCGCACUAACCAUCUGACUCCCAUCACCCGCACUAACCAUCUCACUCCCAUCACCCACACUAACCAUCUCACUCCCAUCACCCGCACUAACCUCCUCACUCCCAUCACCCGCACUAACCUCCUCACUCCCAUCACCCGCACUAACCAUCUCACUCCCAUCACCCGCACUAACCAUCUCCCUCCCAUCACCCGCACUAACCAUCUCACUCCCAUCACCCACACUAACCAUCUCACUCCCAUCACCCGCACAAACCUCCUCACUCCCAUCACCCACACUAACCUCCUCACUCCCAUCACCCGCACUAACCAUCUCACUCCCAUCACCCGCACUAACCAUCUCACUCCCAUCACCCGCACUAACCAUCUGACUCCCAUCACCCGCACUAACCUCCUCUCUCCCAUUAGAACCUCUGACUCACACCCAAACUUUAAAUCUCAAAAUCCAUCCGAUUCAUUGAUGCACUGGCAGAAGAAAAUCAGAGGCUGGAGUCGCAACUGCAGCAACUACAAUUACAACGGACAGAGAUGA